GCCAGAACAUCAGUGUAAGUGCAACGGAUUUAAAGCUAAUCCGGUACGGCCACAAAAUGAACGCCGUUGCGGUUGUGUUAGUGGCAAUUUUAGGAUACUCAACAUGUUCACCUCAAGGUCGUUACAGACCCGUGCCAAAUGCUUCUCCAGGACAAAUUAUAAGGAUUAUUUCGCAAACCCAGGAUGGACCGAAUGUUGAUGGAUCAUAUCAGUGGAGUUACGAAUCCGAGAAUGGAAUUAGGGCGCAAGAACGGGGACAAGUGAAAGGUCAGGGUCCCGAGGGUGGAAUAAUGGACGCACAGGGUGACUUCUCGUACACAGCCCCAGACGGCACGCCGAUUGCUCUUCAAUACGUCGCCAACGAAGGCGGAUUCCAGCCGCAAGGUGCUCAUUUACCAACUGCCCCUCCAAUUCCUGAGGCCAUUCAAAGAGCAUUAGCCUACAACGCUGCUCAUCCAGAAGAAGACGACGGAGGCCAACCCAGAGGAUUUAGAAGACAAUAAGCACAUCAUAUUAGUUUUUAUUUAUUUUUAUUGUUUAUUUUUUUGUACAUGAAUAUACUUAUACAACACUUUGUGAUGAUUAAGCUGUAAUAAAGAAUGCAAUUUUAAUUUAA